AUGAGUUUUUUGAGAGACUUGUUCAAGAAAUGGGAUUCAUCAUCGGCCUCAACUCCGACAUCAACAAACUCAAGCACCACAGGAGGAAGUAUAUCUUCAUCCAAUGUACCUACAACAGAUAAUAGUACUGAAAUAAUUUUGGCAACACGUGAAUCAUCGUCUAGCGGGAUAACAAGACUAUUGUUAUCGGUGUCGGAAACAGGAUUAACAUUGCUAUUGACUUUCUUAUCUAUAAAGUAUUUGUUCAUGCCAUUAUUGUCUAAUUUAUUAGCAAACUCGAGCGGAAAGCAAGGCACUAGCAAUUUGUUACCAAGAAAAAAGAGAAAAAUUGGCGAGUUGAUUUGCAGGAGCUUUGGAAUAGAGGAGCCUAAAAAAGAUGCAGAAAAUUUCUACACAUCACUCUAUGAAAAAUCGUUAAACAAGUAUGAGAAAACUGUUUCCGAUUUUUUAGUACUACCCGAAGAUUUGGAUCAUAAUUUUAGCGAUAUUGGAGGAAUGGAAAAGUUGAAAAAGGAGGUCUAUGAGUCCGUAUGCUUUCCACUUAAAUAUCCACAUAUUUAUGAAAAUGCUACCGAUACCACCAGCAUGAAAUUGCGAAGAUUACCAAAGGGUGUUUUAUUUUAUGGUCCACCAGGUACUGGUAAAACAAGCUUGGCGAAAGCCAUCGCAAAAGAAUGUAACUGUGCAUUCUUGAAUGUUAAAAGAGAAUUCCUGUCAGACUUUUUGUACGGCGAGACAGAAAAACUAGUGGCAGCCCUCUUUAGUUUUGCCUCAAAAGUGAAACCUUGUAUUAUAUUCAUUGAUGAAAUUGAGAGUCUCCUACCUUCAAGACAAUCCAGUUUCCAAAUGCAUGAAGUCUCCAAGGCAAGAAUUAGUAUCAUCCUUUCAGCAUGGGAUGGUUUUGAAACUUCAUCAGAGGGUGAUCAAGUUAUGGUAAUUGGAGCAACUAACUUGAAGUCCCAACUUGACGCUGCAGCUUUAAGAAGAAUGCCUCUUCAAUUCAAGAUUGAUGCACCUGAUAGAACGAGUAGAAUUCAAAUUUUGAAGCUCUUGUUGAAGAAUGAAAGAGUGUCACCAAAUCUAAGCUUUGAAAAACUUGCUGAUAUUACAAAUCGUUUCAGCGGAAGUGAUCUCACAGAACUAUGUAAGAAGGCUCUCUCUUUUCCCAUUAAGGAGCUUAUUGAUCGAGAGCUCAAAUCAAAAACAUCCAUGACCAACAUUAUGCCAAGAGAAUUGGUUUACGAAGACUUUGCCAAGGCUAGAGAAUUUGUAAAUCCAAGCUGUGUGGAAGAAAGCGAACAACUGGACAUGUCCCUGCUUGUGGAUUAA